AUGUUCGGCAUGAACGGCUCUGGGGGAAUGCCCUCGCGGGGAGGGCCGCCGGUGGAUCCCUUGGACUCUGGCGACUACGAUCCCAUUCACCACCUUAAUACGCUCUUCCCCCACCCUGGAACGCUCCAGAGCGUUCCAGCAACUUCACAGGCACUCCACAACCACCUUGAAUCUCUCGAUACAGAGAUUUCACAGCUUGUCAUAACACAAUCUACCACGAAUGCAGACUCACUUUCACAGAUCGAUGCCGCAAAGGCGGAGCUCGCAGAGCUACUAGAGAAUAUAGAUACGGUUCGGGAGAGAGCUGUCAGGACAGAGGAUGCAAUCGCAGCAAUGACAGCAGAUAUUAAGAAGUUGGAUUCCACGAAGAAAAAUCUGACAUUAUCUAUGACGGUGUUGAAAAGAUUGCAGAUGUUGACUACUGCUUAUGAACAGCUCAAAACUCAAUCCAAAAAUCGUCAAUACCGCGAAUGCGCAUCCCUUAUGUCCGCAGUUCUCGAACUUAUGGCCCACUUUAAGUCGUUUCGCUCUAUAGACCAAAUUGCUACACUCUCACGCAAUGUUGCAGAUCUCAAGGCAGAGCUUUUAGAGCAGGUCUGCGAGGAUUUCGAGAUGGUGUUUGUGAAGCAAGAAGUCGCAAUUAGGAAAGGAAUGUUGGCGGAGGCCUGUAACGUCAUGGAUGCACUUGGGGAUGGCGCUCGAGGGCGUUUGGUAACAUGGUACUGUAACACGCAAUUAAGAGAGUACCGCCAAGUGUUUAGAGGCAAUGAUGAGGCUGGCUCAUUAGAUAAUAUUGCCAGGAGAUAUGCAUGGUUGAAGCGAAUUCUGAAGGUUUAUGACGAAGAGCAUCUCGGAAUAUUCCCACCAAGUUGGAAGGUUAAUGAGGUUUUGGCAAAGAUAUUUUGUGAGGGAACAAAGGACGAUUACAAGGGAAUUUUAACGAGAGCAAUGAGGAGGGAGGGCGGAAAGACUUUAGACGUAAACUUAUUGCUUAAGUGUUUACAAGAGACACUAGAGUUUGAGAACUUUCUUGAAGGAAGGUUUAGCAAUGAUAGAGCCUCCAUAGAUACUAUGAGUUCUCGAGACGAAAGACCAUUGAUAUUUGGUAAAGCAAUAUCAGAGGCCUUUGAGCCCUACCUCUCUCUUUGGGUGGAUGCACAAGACAAGCAACUAUCCAAUAUGAUACCUUCAUAUCGUGCUGCUCCUCUUCGUCCACCCGAUGAAGACGUCACUGUGCUUCCAUCAUCUAUUGAGCUUUUCCAUUUCUAUCGCAUAACCCUCGCCCAAUGCGCUAAACUCUCCACGGGUUCCAAACUUCUUGACCUCUCGAAAACCUUCGCAAAAUAUCUUGAUGAAUACGCUGAGGUUGUUCUCCUUCACUAUUUCUCGCCCGAUAAAGCAAUGUCCUUAGCAGCAGAGGAUGUAGUUGUUGUAUUGAACACCGCCGAUUAUUGUCAUGUUACUACCUCACAGCUACAAGAAAAGGUGAAAUCUCGCGUCGAUCCAGAUGUUGUAGAUAAGGUCGACUUUGAACGCCAGUCAGAUGCGUUCCUUGGUGUUGUGAGUGCGGCAAUCCGGCUUCUCGUUCGUAAGGUCGAGAUUGCAGCGGAACCUGCAUGGCGCGAGAUGCGAAAUGCACCCUGGAGUCGUCUGGACGCAGUCGGCGAUCAGAGUGGCUAUGUCGGUGUCCUUAUUACGGCUGUCAAAUCUACUGUCGGUGAGAUUUUAGGUUUGGUUGGGAAAGAAGCGUAUCAGCGUGCUUUCUGCGAUAAAGUCGUCGAGGCCAUGGCAUCUGCAUUCUUGGCAAGUUUGGUGGGGUGUAGGCCCAUCGGAGGGGUAGGCGCUGAACAAAUGCUCCUUGACGCCUAUGUUCUCAAAAAAGGAUUUGAAGAACUCCUCACGCUCCGCGCAGAAGCCGGAACAACACCCCCAGUUAGUUACGUAAAAUUCGUAAAUAGGACACUCACCAAGGUCGAUACACUUCUUAAAACUCUUCAAGUACAGAGUAGCCCAGCUGAGGGCCUCGUACAAGCAUAUCUCAUCCAUAUAUCCGACCGCUCAGAUACCAACUUCCGCAAGGUACUUGACCUUAAAGGAAUUCGCAGGCCUGAUCAAUCUAGCUUUGUUGAGUUGUUUCGUGCACAUAUGGUAACACACGACAAUCUCGUCGAGUCAAAUCCCUUCCUGACAGCCCUUGUCGUGCCAUCUGGCAAUAUUGGCUCCACCCCAGGCGGAGGUAGUAACAACAUUGGUGGUCUUGGGAUCGCUGGUGUCGGUAGUAGUGGACUCCCAGGCGCUGGUGUGCUCGUGCCGCCGAGGUUUGACCCAAGCGGGCUGGGGAGCGCAAUUAUGAAUGCAGCAAGAGAUGGCGUCGACAGGUUACAAACACAGACCCCCGGCGAAACCGAUGGAGAAGAGGGUUUGGAGGGGAAUUUAAGGACAUUGGGGAGAUUGUUUAGGAGGGAUGGAAGUGGAAUAGGUAUUAGAGGACGAUUUGGAAGGGAAGGAGGAUAG